UCUCACUUCUUUUCUCCUCCUCCUCUUCCUCCUUUGCCUCCUCCUUCUCAUCUUUCCCUUCCUCUUUUCUCUUCUGACCGACGUCCCACACGCCCUGCCUGCACAUCAGAAGUCCCUCAUAUUCCCCAAAGGAUAAGAUGCCAUGGAGGCCACCAGAACAACGGUGUUGUGUGUCUGCUCCGUCCUGUUUGUCCUAACAGAUGUCGGCUGUGAACUGAUUCACAUUCGUUCAUCGGUUCAUCAUGGAACCAAAGGGAAGGAUCUUCUCCUCUCUGUCGAUGCCAGAUUUCCACUGGAAGAAGCUGAGAUCCAGGGAACUUGGUCUCACACUAAAGCGAGCGGUGACAGCACCACGUUGGUCACAUUUACCGAAGACAGUAAAAUCAUAGACAUGAUGUACCGCAAGCGCCUGGACUUAAGAGAGCCAAACGCUUCUCUGUCAAUCCGGAAUUUGAAAGAGGAUGACGAGGGAUAUUACAAGCUGAGCCUCAACAUAGAGUUUCGUAACGAAAAAGGAAAGGUGAAGAAAGAAGAAAGAACUAUUCAUGUGACAGUAGAUGAGCCUGUCUCCAGACCAGUCAUUGAGAAGAAGCCAUCACAUACAGUCAUAGAAGACAAAGCAAAUGUAACUUGGACUUGUUCUGUUGAGAAAGGAGCAAGAGUUGUCUUCCGGUGGCUAAGGGAUAAUGUUUCACUUACUCCCAGUGAGAGAUACCACUUUACUCAAGACAGGUCCACGCUGUUGAUUAGCCCUGUGAGAAAGGAGGACAAGGGGACUUACCGCUGUGCUGUCAGCAACCCUGUGAGCCAAAUCAUUGAAAGCAGGGGAGUGGAGCUUAAUGUUUACUAUGGUCCCUACAACCUGGAGGUGAACUCUGUCCAGGGCCUCCGAACAGGGAAAGUGUUCACCAUCAACCCCGGAGAGCUGGUGUACUUCAAAUGUCAGGCCGAUUCCAAUCCCCCCAACAGCUACGUCUGGAUCUCCAAGAGCCCCAAUGCCACAAAGAUCCUCACAACGGGACCCCAGCUGCAGGUGAAGUCCGACGAGUUGGCCCAGACUGAGGACUACCUGUGCCGAGCCAUCAACAACGUGACCAAGAAGCAGGACGAGGCCCAGUUCACUCUGGUGGUGGCCAGCUUGAGAACAGCAAAAGAGAAAUACACCCAUGAUGGUAGAUCCACGUCUCUGCUGGCAGCCAUUGCGGUCUGUUCUUCAUUCAUCAUUGGGUUUAUGCUGCUGUUCCUCUUCCGCAGGGCAUGUCAUCCAAAGAGAGUCCUCAUGAACAUCUACAACAGACCGUUUUCAGAGCAGAAACGACCUCAUCGCUCAGGUCAUGAAGAUGCAGCAGAGGACUUUGGCAUCUAUGAGUUUGUCUCCAUACCAGGAAAAAUGGAUUCCACACAGGCAUCAUGCAAAUCUCUGGCCCGGCUCGAGUCCAUUCAAGAUAUGCACACCACCAUCUAUGAUGUGAUCAGACAUGUCCCAGAAUCCCCCAGUGCCAGCUUGUUGAAGUAAUUGUUUGCUGGGCAGAUUCAGUUGUCACACUUGAAGAUUUGUGUGUAGCCUUAUUCUUGUGUUUGCUGCCGAACUGUUUUUUGCACACAAAAUGAAGGAGACUUGUUGGGGUACACAACCUGAAUAUGCACUGUUACUGUCAAGAGUUUGGGACAUAUAUUUAUCACCUUCAACUAGAGAUAGGUAAAAAGUGGAUGUAUGAUUGUGUUUUUUUUUUGUUAUUAUUUUAUUUAACAUGAUACAUUUUUUUGUCUUUUGUUUUGGGUUAAAGAAUGAAGAUCGUUAAAAACCAAGCUGAUCUUUAUAUUACUUUGAGCUUUUUUAAUGCAUAAACAGCCAAAACUUUGCAACUUAUGUAACAUUGUUGCUUUAAGAAAUGAAUUAACUUGCAAAUUCAAACAGUCACUUAUGUUGAUUUAUGUUUUCUGACAAGUGUUACAAUGAAGGCAUUUAAUAUGUACAAUAAUUGCCUUAUUGUAAAUAUUGUACAUGGAUUAUCCUAAAGAGACUUAACAUGUAAUAUUCUAUUUCCACUUUUUGUUUCUUGUUUGUGAAGUUCCUAGAAAUGGAAAAAGAAAGCACACAAAAAUGUCAAUACGUUUGUCUUUAGAGUCAAUCUGAGUCAAAAUCCUACAUUUUCAUGUUAUUUUUUUUCAGGAGAAAAAUACCAGAAAUCUUUGAUUUUGUUUGUUUAUUUUUAUUUAAAUUUUAAAAGUUUUGAAUUUACCACCUCCUGUGACCGAAUACAAUGCUCAUACUGAAAUAGGUGCAGAUAAUUUUAUUGUUUAAAUAAAAACAGUGUAUUUUUCACAUACUCUAGUGUGAACUCUAGUGUCCCUUAUAUGACAGUAGGCUGACAGGAAAGGGGGAUGGAGAGGGAGGUGGACAUGCGGCAAAUGCCGGCCGGGUCCGGGAAUCGAACCCGCGACGACUGAAGGCCUCCAAAUGUGGGUUGCGCUAUCCCCUACGCCAUCACAGCACGCCUCACAUACUUAAUGUUCUUGCAGUGUCUCAUCUACCAGUUAUUAGUGAAUAAAAUUUGCGGCUCCAAUUGAGGUGGUACAUUAUUGAAAACAAGGAUGUUUUGCUAGGUAGACAUUUCGAUGUGGACGCUAGCCUGUUGUCUACAUGCAAAGUAAGUUUUAAGAAGGACAAACAAAAACAUUUUAAAGCAGUUUUUAAAAGUGGUGUAUAAAACCGUUUUGUUUUUUCUCUGUCUUUGUGAACAUGACAUACAGAGAUUCUUGAAAACAAUGUGCCAAUCUACUUUAUUUAUGGCCGCUGUUGGGUUUUUUUUUUUUGGCUAUUUUGAGACCAGACCCAGGUUACGACUUGCUUUGUCAAGGGAAUAAAAGGUUGUUUUGAGACAAUAAACUGUAUCACACACCAUUUGUAAUGUUUAUGCAUCCUGUACAGCAUUGGUCCUGUUUGGUUUGUUGAAGUGUUGUACAAUAAGGAUGGACUGGAUUGGUUUGAAUGGGAUUUAUUUUCUUCUCUUCUCCAACUCAGAAAACCUUCUUGCCACUACUGAAAAUCAAGUUUUGUAGCUUUUUUUUAUCAAACAGAAAGUCAGGUGAGUUGAGGGAAAGUUUUGUAAGGGAACUAGGUCAAACAUGCACCUCAUGGAAGGCAGAGAGUACAUUUUAAAAACCAAUACUCAUUGCUUGCUAUUCCCACUUUGGACAAGUUUCACUGUUAAAACUAUACAGUGAAUAGAUGAAAAAUGUAAAACAAAUUAAAUUAAUCUCUUGACUAUUCUGCCUUUUCAUGGUCAUUGUGCUAAUGUACUUGAUUCUGUUUCUCCAAAAGUAUUCUUUUGUUUGUUUUCCUUUGCUUUUCCUGCUCAAACUGAGUAAAAUCAAAUGCUUUAAGAAAAAAAAAAAAAAUUAAUAAUUCUGAAAUGAUUGUACAGCUUGUGUAUAUGUGUUUUGUAUUUUAUUAAAUAUAUAUGUGUUUA